CGGCUUUUCCCCAACUGAGACUCCCGGUUGGCAAAAGGCCUAUAUAACCAGCAGACAGCAGCUAAAGCUUUCCCACUCCCUGGCUUCCAGCAUUAGCAGGCAGGGCAAGCCAACCAGGGGCUCCGGCAACAAACGUCUUGGUCUCUACGGACAAGUCUGCCUGGGGCUGGGGUUGACCAGCGAAGGCGUUGCAUUUCUUGGAGCAGGAGAUGAGUGGAAGGGUCACAACCAGACCGGAGGCGGGGUCUCGGGAAGCCUUAGCUGCUGCAGCUGCCGCGGCUUAGUACUUUUACUACGCCCCCAGCGCAGAGACCCUUCGGUGACUUGUUCCCAGGGAGGUGUCGGCGCUGCUGCUGCAAGCUGUCUUCUGCUGUUCUUGAGGCUUGGUGAGACGUUCCCUGAGCCGGUCGCUGCUAUGCUGCCUUCCCAGGGCCGAUCUCCCAUCCCGCUGCUGCUGGUCGCCUGGUUGCUGUGGGCGCAGAGCUGCUUCUCCCAGCGCCUCUUGAGCGGUCAAAAGAUAUGCUAUGGUGACUCAGCACAUCCCUGCUACAAGAUUGCCUAUUUCCAAGACAUGUCUCGGCGUGUGGGUUUUCAAGAGGCUCGCCAAGCUUGUGAAAUGGGAGGUGGAGUACUUCUCAGUUUUGAAAGUGAAACAGAACAGAAACUGAUAGAAAGUAUGCUGCAGAAUCUCACAAAAUCAGGGCCUGGGAUUUCUGAUGGAGACUUCUGGAUUGGUCUAUGGAGACAGGGACAAACUACAUCUAGUGCCUGCCCUGAUCUUUACAAAUGGACAGAUGGAAGCAGUUCUCUCUUCAGAAAUUGGUAUACUGAUGAGCCUUCCUGUGGGAGUGAAGCUUGUGUUGUGAUGUAUCAUCAGCCAUCUGCAAAUCCAGGUUUAGGAGGGCCUUAUCUUUAUCAAUGGAAUGACGACAGAUGUAAUAUGAAGCACAAUUUCAUCUGCAAGUAUAAGUCAGAAGAUAUCCUAGAAAAAGAAUCAGGAGACAGAACAGAUCCACAUCAUGAAGUUCAAGCAACAGUGCCAGCCGUGAAGCCUAAUGAUUCAAGCAAGUCAGAAGAUGACUUUCCAUUGGUCGUUACUGAAACUGGUGGUCUAAUUCCUAAUUUAAUUUAUGUUGUUAUACCAACCAUACCGCUGUUGUUGUUGAUAUUAGUGGCUUUUGGGACUUGCUGUUUCCAGAUGCUUCAUAAAAGUAAAGGAAGAACAAAAACCAGUCCUGAUCAGUCAACAUUGUGGAUUUCUAAGCACCCAAGAAAGGACAGUAACCUGGAAGUAUAAAGAAUUGGCUGAAAAGAAAAGAGGAAUGAUACUUUUCAGGAUCUCUUAAAUUUGUCUUGUCAAACAUUAAUUUGGAAUGGCUUGAAAUUGCAACUGAUCAACAGAAUGAAGUGGAAGCUCCCCCUUGGGGCAAUUGCUUGGAUUAAUUUUUUUAAUACAUGGUGUUUGGUUUUUAAUCCCAUAGCAAACAUAGCUGUCUAAAAGAAAGUAAGAAUAUGAUUAUUUUGCUAAGGAAAGUAAUUUGGCUACAGCUACUAAUGAGACGGACAGAACAUUUUGAAUUCAUUCUAUGUAUAUUUGUAGAACAAAUAUUUCUCAUUUAACUUUUAAUGUUUAUUGCUAUUAUUAAUUACAAUAUAUAGUAUUGUAUUAUUUCUCACUAAUGAAUGGACUGUAAUUCCAGCUAAUAUGAAUUUACAAUGUAAUAAGAUAAUUUAUCUUUGCAUAAAAAAGCUACACUAGAACAUGAGUGUAAUCUCAUAUAUGUAAAAAUAUUUAUCAGUGUUAUUCCUUUGAGUGAUGAGAUUUUUUUUAAGGCAAAGAAAAUGAUGCACAGUACUUGAUUAUUCUUUGCUAUCAUCUAUUUUUGAUAAUGCUUGUCCAGUGUUAGCACAAAUUAUUCUACUCAGGUCAUAUUAAUUAGUACAAAAAGAGCAGAAUUAGUACAUUCAAUUCAAUUCAAUUCCCUGAAAACAAAUUGAAAUAGAAAGUAGCUUUUCCUAUGUAUGCUUUACUGUUGGAACAAGCAAUGGCAGAAAUGUAUGAUUGACAAUUUAUUCCAUACAGGUAUCUCGUUCUGUUCUGUUUUUGUUGUUCUUUUGUUUAUAAAAUCCUAGGAAAGAGAAGUCACCAUGAUGCCACUUAGAAAUGCUAUCUCUUAAUCAUUUCAGAAUUAUGAAAUGUAAAGACUGUCAUGAAGUUUUCCUUCCUUCCUUCCUUCCUUCCUUCCUUCCUUCCUUCCUUCCUUCCUUCCUUCCUUCCUUCCUUCCUUCCUUCCUUCCUAAUCCCACUUCAUGGUCCCUGAAUGACAGAAGUUGAUACCACUUCUAUAUAGUAUUACCUUUUGCAUACUUGAAUAUAUAAAGAAAUUGUGUGCAGGUUUUUUUUUAAUAAUUUCAAGAUAAGAAAAUAAUGAAAGUAGAAUUCAAAGCAUUGAAUAUCUAUCUUAUAAUAUUUCCUUUAACACAAAGAAUAGCUUCCAAAUAUUUCCUGCAGCCAGUUAAGAGGUUUUUUUUUAUUCUUUUGAAAAUUUUGUUUGUAUAGUCCAGAUUUGAAGUCCUCAAAAAUAUUUGUGAAA